CAGCUCCAUGCCUAAGACUUAAGGUAGUCGAGAUACUCUGAGGGCAAUGUUUUUAGAAAGCUUCAGCCUGCAGUUCUUGAAGUAGUUGAUGGGGGAUUUUUAAGAGAAAUACAUACUGUAUAAUCAUUUCCUGGAAUCUUCUGUAUAUUAGUUAUAUGCAUGACACCCAGGAGACUUUCACAAUCUGAUGAAUAAAAGAGGAUGUUAGUUUUGUGGGGGUUUUCUUUGUUUUCAGUGUGUAUCAUUUUGGCAAAUCAUUAAAUACAGAACUAAAGUAAAUACUACAGACAACAGAGCCGGGGAUACCACUAGCAUUAACAAAGAACCAUGAAGUGGACAAAGAAUCUUAGCAAUUUGGUCCUGGCAGUUGAUGGCAUCACACUGAUUGCAGGUCUUCCUGCUAAUCUGCUGGCUCUCUACGUCUUCAUUCAUAAGGUGAAGCAGCGAGCUACGCCCAUGUACGUGCUCUUGCUCAGCCUCACCAUCUCGGACCUGAUCUUCCUGUGCUUCCUUCCGGUGCGCAUGAAAGAGGCGGCUGACAUGAAAUGGACCAUGAGUACCUCCCUCUGUCCGCUUUCAGGAUUUAUCUUUUACGCCACCAUUUACAACAGCACCUUGCUUUUGAUGGCUAUCAGUGUGGAGCGCUAUUUGGGAGUGGCCUUUCCGAUCAAGUACAAACUCAAGCAACAUCCGCGAUAUGCCCUGAUCGCAUGCGUCAUCUUCUGGGUGGUUUCCAUGGCGCAUUGCAGCUCUGUCUAUAUUAUUCAGUACUAUAAGCCCAAUCAAACCUCUGAACAAUUCAAAGAAUGCUAUUAUCAGUUUACGAAUGAACAGUUGAUGAUCCUUUUGUCUGUUCGUUUCGAAUUGUUUGUCGUGCUGUUCCUCAUCCCUUUCAUCAUCUGCAGCUUCUGCUACAUCAAAUUCAUCCUCAUCCUCUCCCGGCUACCUAGCAUCAAACCACAGAAGCGCUUCAGGGCCAUUUGGCUUGCCAUAGCCACCCUCCUGGUUUUUAUCGUCUGCUUCAUGCCGUACAACAUGUCCCAUGUUGAGGGUUUUAUCAGAUGGUACGAUCCUGAAUGGAGAGUGUACGCCCUGCUCACCAGCACUUUUAAUGCCUGCUUGGACCCCAUCAUCUUUUAUUUCUCCUCUUCAGCAAUCCGGGCGACUUGCAAACACUUGAAAAUCAGACUUAUCAAUAGCAUACACCCUUUCUUUUGCUGGAAAUUGCUUAACUGUUCUCAGUUAAACACCACACAGAGAUCCAAUACCAGUUCUCUCUAGUAUAACAUACUGGAUGUAACAUUGUAUGUAAGAAAAGUCUGGAUGGUCACUGCAAAUGUAAUUUGCCAAGAUGUUCUAGAAAUAUCUUACAACUGCUGGUGGGCCAAUAGUUUAGCCCUUAUUCUGAAACAUCACUGAGGUUCACUGAAUCAACUGUUUUUUUUUUUUUGGCUAAUUCAGUUAAACUGUAAGUCUUGCUUAUGUCGAUUUAAUGUCUACUGAUGCAGACCAGUACAAAGCAUCUGGUCAGAAGACACUCUUUACUGACAUCUGUGUUGAAAACAACCCUACUGUCCCCUCAGUGGUGUUUUUAAAUCAUAACUGUGUUAGCUCUCCAAAUCCAAAUGUUUUGAUUACUUGUAUAGCAAACAUGACUGUGUAGGUGAAAAGGUUGUAAAUAAUGUAUGUAAUGCAAAAGUCAAUAAACUAAGGCAAAUAAAUAAAUCACAUUUUAUUA